CCUCCCCUCAUCUCGAACAACAAUAAUAUUUCAUCCACAACAGAAAUAUCCCCUAACACCUCAAGACACCUAAAAUGGCUGCGCCAUAGAAUCAAAAAAAGAGACACACACAUAUACCUAUCCUAUCCCACCCGCGACACAACCACCAUACCAUACACCAUCCACAGGCAUCACAAAACUACUUUCUCUACUGCGCGCCAUCUCCGCACACCACCACCCACGCAUCACACCAAUGGCCUCCCAACGCCCCCGCGGCCUCCACUCCCACCCCUCCCACACCACCCCCCCCACCACCUCCGCCCCCGGCGCAGCCGCCGACCCCCGCCCCGUCCGGCGCAACCUCUUCCAAGCACAACUCUCGCGGCGCCCGCCCACCUCGCGCAGCGGGGAUCCUGUGCGCGCCCCGCCGGCGUUGUCGAGGAGUACAUCGGCCAGCGCGUCGGUGACGAGUGGUUCGACGUUGGUGUUGGGGAGUGGUGGGGGGUUUGAUUUAUCUACUGGGGGGGGAGGGGGAGGGGGGAUAGUGGUGAGGGAUGCGAGUGGGGAGUUUGAGGUGGGGGAUCCGGUGGGGAUGUUGCUUGAGGGGAGGGGGGAGGAGGAGGGGGGUGAGGAGGAGGAAGGGGGAGAAGGGGGGGAGAAAGAAAGACAGAGAGUCGCAGAUGCAGUGAAGCAUCAUUUACGGGAUCGGAAUCGGGCGCCGAGCGAGCCGGCAGAACUACUGGAGGCUGUGCGGGGGGUGUUGAGGGGGAAGGUCGCGCAGCUGGCGGAGGAUGAUUGGAUGUAUGAGGCUGAGAGCGAGGAGGUGGGAUUGCGGUGAUGGGAGGAACUGCUCAUAGAUUGCUGUUUGAAAAUGAUGGAAGGAUAGGAAAAUGGAAAAGGGACAUGGCGUUUGAAGAUACCCAGCUACUAGCCACCAAGCUUCAGCUACCAGCGCAUACAGACAUUCUAAACGUGUUGCAUUGGUAUCAUCUCUACACGACCAUCUAAUCUAAUCCCUCCGCCGCUGGCGCACCGGACGCCGCACCUACCCUCUUCGGCUGUUUCUUCGGCGCCUGCGGCGCCCCAAACAUGCUCCCC